AUGCGGGAUCGAACGAAAGAAUUGGGGAACCAAAAUUGCGACGUUUCGGACGAGGACGAUGAGGGCAAAUCUCUGAUGAUCAGACCUGGAAGCUCUUCAGCCAAGGAGGAGAAGGACAAUGAGAGCUUCUUUAAAAAGGUUCAAGAAAUCCACGAGGGUUUAUACAGCCUCAAGAGAAUGGUUAGUGACCUUGAGAACAAGCAAAAAACGGUCCUGGGCGUGGCUUUACCCGAGGAAGCCAUGAAGAAGGAGCUGCAGACGCUCCGAGACGAAAUCAAGACGCUGGCCGGUCAAAUCCAGAGGAAGCUAAAGAGCAUCGAGCCCAAGAAGGGAGAAGAUGACGGUAAAUACAUAUCCGUCAACGCUCGAAUGCAGCGCACUCAGCACGCCGUCCUCUCCCGAGGGUUUGUAGAGCUGAUGGGCCACUGCAACACCAUCCAGGUGCAGUACAGAGAAAUCAACGUGGAUAGAAUAAAGAGACAACUCAAGAUAACUGGAACAACGGUGACCGACGAGGAGCUGGAUUCAAUGCUGGAAAGCGGCCAGACAGACGUUUUCACGCAAAAUAUCCUCAGUGACGCCAAAGCCACCAAACAAGCGCUGAACGAGAUCGAGUCGCGGCACGACGAGAUCCUCAAGCUGGAACGCAGUAUUAAAGAUCUUCACGAUAUGUUUCAGUACUUGGCCAUGGAGGUGGAAGCUCAGGGAGAGAUGGUUGACCAGAUUGAACACAACAUCAAGCAGUCGUCCAACUACGUGGAACGAGCCAAGGAGAACACGGAGAAAGCUGUUACGUAUCAGCAAAAAGCACGCAAGAAAAAGAUCUGGAUCGCAAUCUGUUUAGCAGUGGUUAUCAUCAUUCUCGCCAUCUCGCUGGCCGCCACCUUCUCCUGA